AUGUCCGACGCCGCGCCCGCGGCCACGCUGCACUCGUACUGGCGCUCCUCGUGCUCCUGGCGCGUGCGCCUGGCGCUGCGGCUCAAGGGCGUGCCGUACUCGUACGAGGCCGUGCCGCUGGCGCAUGGCGCGCAGCACGCCGCCCCGUUCCGCGCGCUCAACCCGGCCGCCCAGGUCCCCGUGCUGCGCAUCGACGGCGUCACGCUGCGUCAGUCCGUCGCCAUCCUCGAGUACCUCGAGGAGACGCGCCCGGCCCCGCCGCUGCUGCCGCGCGUGCCCGCCGAGCGCGCGCACGUCCGCGCGAUAGUCGAGGCCGUCAACGCCGGCACGCAGCCCCUGCAGAACCUCGCCGUCCUCGAGUAUGUCAAGGGCCGAUGGGGCGACGAGGAGAGACUCGCCUUCGCUAGGCACUGGAUCGAGGAGGGCUUGCGCGUCGUCGAAGCCCUCCUGAAGGACUCUGCGGGCGAAUGCUGCGUCGGCGAUGAUGUCUCCUUCGCGGACUUGCUCCUCGUCCCGCAGGUGUACAACGCGGAGAGGGUCGCCGUUGACAUGGAGAGCUUCCCGACCGUGGUCAGGGUUGUGCGCCAUCUGGAGCGUAUCCCCGCCUUUGUCGACGCACACGCGGACAGACAGCCCGAUGCUCCGAUGUCGCAAACAUGA